UCUAGAGAGCGACUAGUCCAUGGAGACGGGGCGAUCUCUCGCGGAGCGCGGAGGUUGGCUGAAUUUUCGCAAAGUAUAUCUUCGUAUCGAAGUGAUAGCGCAAUCUGGUCUGCAGGAUAUCGCGCUGGAUAUCGCGACGUCCCGGGUGAUGAGAAGCUCACGCCGUAGUUAAAAGCCGCGCCAACCCCACGUGUGACAUUGCCGUGCGCCUUCGCCCGCCUUGUACUUUAGGGAAAAAAAUACGGCGCUUCGCAGAAAUACAGAGAUCAUGGCGGUGCCCAACACCGGUGUAGUCGUGCCCCGAAACUUCCGCCUCUUGGAAGAACUGGAGCAAGGCCAGAAAGGUGUGGGCGAUGGCACGAUCAGUUGGGGUCUAGAGAAUGACGAUGACAUGACCCUCACGCAUUGGACUGGUAUGAUAAUUGGGCCACCUAGGACGCCAUAUGAAAAUAGGAUGUAUAGUCUGAAAAUUGAUUGUGGUCAAAGAUAUCCAGAUGAUGCACCUAAUGUAAGAUUUUUAAGCAGAAUCAAUAUGAAUUGCAUUAACAGUGCUACUGGAGCUGUGGAUAAUCGCAGUGUACCGGUCCUUGCAAAAUGGCAACGGGAAUACACAAUUAAAACAGUUCUUCAAGAACUCCGUCGUUUGAUGACGUUGAAAGAAAAUAUGAAACUUUCUCAGCCUCCGGAAGGCAGCACUUUUUAGCCUACCCAUACAAACAGAGACAUCUUCCUUUUUGCAAUAGCAUGAGGUGAGAUCUAUAAUGAAGGUACCAAAUGAUAUUAAAAUGGUGCCCGCUAAAAAUAUAUGUUUAAAGAGAAACAAAAAAAAACAACUUUGUGAAAGAAAGGAGGUAAUAGCUUGGAAAGUUGAAUGAGUGUACCAAGUUCAUGUAUAGAUAGAAAAGUUGACAAAAUAUUUAUAUUAAACACAGCUGGUUCUUUAUCAAAAUUUUUCAUUAAAAAUAUAGCAUUCUUUACAAAUCCAGAUUAAUUUUGCAAAUAUACUAUCAUAUGUGCAUGAAUUAGUAAUUUCAUUCAUGUAUGAUCUGAUUUACGGGAACUCUGCUCCAGCUUUUCAAGCUAGUACAAUGUAAAGUGAAAAAAUCAUAUUUUGAAUCUUAAAACUGGAGACACAGACUGUGUAAUAAAAUGGAUAAUCAGUAAGAAUAUAACUUAUGCCUUUAAAGUUUUUUAACGAGAUGAAAGAUAACGUCUGGUACUGUGAAUCGUUUUAAGACUUCUUCUGUUUGCGCGUAAGUGCCAUUUCAUCUCUUGUGGAGGUGUCUCUCACUCAGUAAUGUUUUAGAAAAUUUGUAAAUUCUAAAUCGUAAAUUUGUACAUUCAUUUUACUUUUCCAUGCUGCGUACCAUUUCAACUGGCGUUCUUUGACGAAAUAACGUGCAUAUGUUGCGUGCAUCUGGCAAGUUAUAUCCUAGAAACGGCCUCUCACGUUAGACGAAUUACCUUUUGUAAUCGUCGAGAUGUCGCUCCGUAAAUGAAACAUACAUAAACGUUUGAUUUGUAAUAUUUCAUAUGGUGAAUGAUACAUAAUGUUGUAUGGCAAAGUACAUCAACGUAUGAAGCAUCAUAAACGAGAUCUUUUAUUUAGUAUUGUAUUUGAAUAUAUGUGUAUUGGAAAUAUACACGCUACCCGUAUGUGUAUGUAUAUUUGAUUAUAUCUAUUAAAAUAUAACAUGAUUAGUAAUAUAUGUAUAUAUAGAUAUUCUGUUUACUAUUUGAUCCAGGCUUCAUGAUUGAUGUAUUGUGAAUACAAUUAUAUUUUAAUUAUAUAAUUUUAUUAUAAUAUAAAAAAUCAUACCUCUAAUUCUUAAACACGUUGUGUAAAAUACAUAAGCUGCGUAUUCAUUGUUACAAAAUCAGAUCUAUCUCACCUUUAGUGCAAUUACAAUUAUAAAUUAUAUGCAUUAUAUAUUACUGAAAAAGAGUUAAAUUGUAUGCAGCCUAUUGAUGAUUCCCGACAAAUGACAUGUUAUGUUCCAGCAAGAGCAUAAUUAUAUAAAAUAUUAUGAUGUCGUCUGGAGAUUUAUAUCGUCCAAUUAAUCGAAAUCUUUAUACCUUAGACUAAAGCAAAUGCCACCAAAGUAGAUUUCAAAAUAUCUUCACAUUUGUGUAAUUAAAAAAUUUUCGAUUACCCAAACAUACGGUGCAUGCGCACGAAAUAUACACACCUCUUUGUCCGCUUUGCAUUUCAGUAUUACACUAUCGGUAAUAUAAUAGUGUAAUUUAAAAAUCAUCCUAUUGAAAGAGUAACGAGUUAAGAACUCCAUGUGGACGAAGUCAAGCUUAAGGAGAAUAAAAUGAUUUCCUUAGAAAAGA